GAGGGAAGUAGAAAGACAGUCACUGAAGGGAGAGAGAGAGACUCAAAAUGAUGCUAACAGGGAGAGAAGAAGAAGAAGAAGAAGGACACAUUGAAAGGAGUGAGACAUACAACAAUAGAAGGAAGCAAAAAGAUCUGAGGAUGUUGGAGAAAUCUAGAGAGAAAACAAUAAGCUGAGUAACAGCAGACAGGGUAACAAAGUGACAGAAAUGACAGGGAUGCCUCUUGAUGCACAGAUCUGAAGAAGUGUGUUGAUUACCACAGUCAACUGGCAUGACUCCAGAACCUGAAAAGAGAGAAACAACUGACACACUGACAAGAGAAAUGAAAUUCUCACUGAAAUGCUGAACCGCUCCAGACAGAAAAGCGACUGACGUAAGUGGAUGUUCCGAGAUGAGACAAGGGUGCACAGGUCAACAAAAGUUGAAGCAUCCUUGCUUGGAAAAGAUCCAGCAUCACCUGGUUGGACACUGACCAAGGAUCUUUGGAUUAGGAUGGACAUGAGGACACACCAAUUUCAUCAGAGACAGAUUUGACUUGUCCUGAGUUAGUCUACUGGUUUGACUAGUCUCUCCUUUUAGAGUUUCUGCGCCAACUUCGGAUCAUCAUCAUCACCAUCAUCACCAUGACCAUUAUGAUGAACUUCAACAGCACUGAGUCCUGGCUUUUUAUUAAUACUUCAUUUCCCAUGCUGCCUGUAAUAGCCAGUCCCAGUAACAGAAGUGGCAUGGAAGGAUAUCUUCAAAGAUUGGCUCAUUUGGACGAGGGGCUCUACAAUGACUUUUACGGCCUUUGGAUUGCACUGAUGGUCAUAAACUCUCUCAUAUUCCUGGUGGGCAUGGUGCUCAACAUGGUCGCACUUUAUGUUUUCUGUUUCCGCACCAAGCAAAAGACCACCUCAGUGAUCUACACCAUCAACUUGGCGGUGACGGACCUCUUGGUGAACCUCUCUCUGCCAACUCGCAUCCUGCUCUACUACAGUGGAGGAGCUUGUCUCACCUGCUCCUACCUGCACAUCUUCAGCUACUUUGUUAACAUGUACUGCAGCAUCUUGUUUCUGACCUGCAUAUGUGUCGACCGUUACCUUGCCAUCGUGCAGGUUGAAGCUUCCCGUCGGUGGAGGAACUCCAGUGUGGCCAAAUGUGUGUGUGUCUCUGUCUGGCUAUUUGCCAUUGUGGUCACCUACUCCUUCCUUUCCACUGCUUUCCAGCACCCGGGCUGCUGCCUCUCAAAGCUCCUCUUUCUUACCAUCACUGAGUUCUUUCUACCCCUCAUCAUCAUUGUGGUCUUCACGUUGCGGAUUAUGUGGGCACUAGCCGACCGCCGUCUGAUGCAGCAGAGCAGGGAGAGGAGAAGGAGAGCCGUCCAGCUGCUGACCACAGUGCUGAUCAUCUUCACUAUCUGCUUCACACCCUUCCACAUCAGACAGGUGGUGGUGUACUUCUACCCUGAUAUGCCUCAUCAUGUGAUAGUCUACCACUUGACUGUCACUCUCAGCAGUUUGAAUAGCUGUAUGGAUCCUGUCGUCUACUGCUUUGUUACAAAUAAUUUCCAGGCCACUGUGAGAAAUAUUUUCCGUCGUGCAGAGCCCGAGCAGACUAGUGGUGACAUCAUCAGCAUGCAGCACAGCUCCAAGGCCUCAGGAGGGACGGCCAACGGCAUCACUACUAAUGUGAUCAUGAUGACUAAGAUUCACACUGCAGAGAGACAAUCCGGGGAAAAAACACAUUCUUUAAAUCCCCCUUCACAUGGGGUGAAGAGAACUGAAAGCUUCUGAGACAUCACAGUCACCUGGGGAAAGGUGGCUCAUAUUUCUGGACUCUGCAACAUGCUGACCAGUGAUAACAGCAUUAGUGUAUGAUGGCACAGUGCUAAGAGCUCAGGAUCAACAGCCAAAGCUGUUGUUAAUAAUAAUAAUGAGGACCAACCAAUUCAAAAAAAGUGAUAUACCGCAACAGGGCUUGUUCAGCAACCUAAACACUUUUAUUAACUACUUCAAUCAAUUACAAUACUGACAAGAGACAAAUUUAGUCUGCAACUAAACAUAAUCAUCAAACCAAGAAACUUUCCCAUGAUUCUGCACCUGUGACUUUUCAAUCUAUGCUAGACCAGUUUGCUGCCAAUUACAAACAAUACAACAGAAUACAAAGCUGAUUUAUGUGUAAUAUUACUUGACUAAUAAAAAAUCGUUUAAUAUUCAUAUUUGAUGUAAUCUUAGCCACAUCAUCCACAUUCCAAUCUGAUAUAUUUUACUUUUAUAGUGUACUUAAGCAAGGAAUAUUUGUCUUGUCCAAAUACACUUCCCUAAGUCAAUUCAUUUUUAAAAAUUGGAGAAAAAAUAUUGACUGCAGUGAAGCUGAUGAGUCCAAUUUUCAUUUUUAGUACCAUAACAGAGAUAGUCUAAACAGUUGCAGCACUAUCUAAAGGUUUCUUUCAUACGCAAUCUCUAAAUAAAUCUUCUAUAACUGAGGGGGAACACAAUUGCCACUGCAAAAAGACCAAUGAUAACUGUGACUUCUGUUAUGCAGAAAAUCUUAGCCAGGAUAGAAGUGUUGGCAUUAACAAAAGAAGUUAUUGAUGACCACCCUGAUGCCUGUCUUGGACCACUGCAUCCUUUUCAUUAGAGUGGAACAUAUACUGUUAAACAGACUUGGAUCAACUUCUUACUGCAAUGCCUGGUUAAGUGUGAACAUGAGAGAAUUCAUCAACAUACAAUUGGAAGAUAAUGUAAAACAGACCACACCUGUAUCUGUUUCCCAUAUGCAAGGAUAGUGAUAUGUUUUCUGCAUGGAUUACAUGACGACCACCUCAGAAGAUCCACUGCAAGAAAAUAUUUGGGAAUGUUAACCCCUUUUGUGCAGCAGAGGGCACCAUUGCUCUCCCUUUCAAGGACCAUUGCAGUAAGAGACCAAAGACAAUUUUAUCACUCAAAUGGCAACUGUUUGGGUGACUGAAAGCAGCUACAAUGUGAAUGGGCUGUAAUAAUAUUGUUUAAUAAUAACAUUGUUUGAGGAAACGUAUGCAGGAAAAAAGGUCACAUUAAAUGUAUAUUGGAGAAAUAAAUAAAGC